AGCCAACAGACGAGAAAAGCGCCGUUUUUCCCCUUUGUGUAAAAAGUGCCAACACGGUUCCAGACAUCCAGACAUGGACAGGUCAGUCAGGUUCGCGGUGGUGUGCGUCGGAGUGUCUCUGCUCAUCUCCUGCCAUUCAGUCGAAGCCUGGUACAAGCAGUCGACCGGGCCCAGUUACUACUCGGUGGGUCGUGCCUCCGGUUUGCUGUCCGGGAUCAGGAGGUCGCCUUAUGUCCGGAGGUCCGAGUCCGAAGAGACGCUGAUGGACAGCGGGGAGACGGCAGGAAACACCGUGAUCCCAGACGCCACCAGGCAGAUCUCCAUCCUCAAAAGCAUGGCCAUCUGCGUGAAGGACAUCUCUCCAAACCUGAAGAGCUGCGAGCUGCUGCGGGACGGGACAGGGACCUUCCAGUGCAAGGCGGACGUCUUCCUCACCCUGGACUCCCUGGACUGCCUGUCCGCGUGAGUCGGACCAGCGGAGACAGUCCUGGUCCUGCAUCGAGACCCGGGAGCGCCUCUCUGGAAACGGGAACGGAAAAAAGAAGGAAUGCGGGAUGGAUGAGUGUGUGGAGGUGGCGCAGAGCGAAACCUGAUCAAUGUCAUGAUGGACCGCUGCAGACUCUGAAUGUUCUCUUAUUAUUAAACUACAUUGUUCAGUUUUGCUUUGGUUGUGUAAAUAGGAGAAUAAAAAACAGUGUGAGAGAUGUUAGUUGAAAUCAUUUUCUUUCCAGAUGACUUCCCAUCUUUACUGUUGAACCCCUGACAUGUACCUUCUGUUGCCAAAAUGUAUUAAAUGUCCAGACUGCAGAGCAGAUUUCCUGGAAAGUACUUUUAUUUAUUUUAUCUAUUAAAAUGAACAAACACUGGUAA